GACGACCAGCAUUCCUCCCCUUCCUGCGGUAUAUACCGCCUCUGUUGCAGAUAGACGGACCUGUAGACCUUCUGAGCCCCAGCGAGUCUCAAAUAGACCCAACGCUAUGUCGUCGUUCCCCACCGCUCCACCAGCGCAUUGGUCGGCCCGACAAUCCCUACCUGCUGCGCUUCACCACCGAAAUAGGUCCGUGGGCAACGCAAGCUCCCUGGUGAACGCGCUCUCCGUCUAUCCUUCGCCGCCUGCCGCCGAGUUCAUCACAACGCAACAGCAGCAGCAGCAACAGCAUUCGGCCGGCUACAGCCCAGUGGUAGGCUCGCCACUAAGCAUAGAACAUAAUGGGAUCCCUGGCGGGUCGUUGUCCAGUAAUACCUCCGGGCAAAUGCAGCCUCAAACAACGAGCGCACUCGGCGCUGCCUUGAGGAUUCAAGCGAGUGGACCUCCUGUGAUAGCUGAAGCGAGCUUGAGCUCUGUACUUGCAGAGUUGGCCACAUGUGCCAACGCAGGCUUGAUGUCGAAGGCAGAAUACCAGACAGAGCGUGCACAAAUUAUAAACGGAUUCUCAGGGAGAACGGAGGACCGCAUGCUUCUUUUGAAGGGGCUCAAGGAUGCGUGGGAUGGUAGGCUCAUUUCGGAUGUGGAGUUCGAUGAAAUGUCGGCUCGCAUUUUCCGAGGCAUGGAGUCUUCGCAGAUCCAUACUGGAUAUGACAGCCAGGGAAGCCUGACCCGGGAGGAUCCGACCACUGGCGGCAGUGAGCGGCAUAGCGGACAAUGGAUGACGACGCCGUCCAUGCCAGCUGCCGAAAUCCUCUUUGGAAGAGCAGACGCGAACGUUCGCCCACCGUUGACACGUGUCGCUCGUGCUUCAUAUCAUGGAGGGUCGGCUCAUAACUACUCGACGUCUCACGACACGUCUCCGGUGUACGGGUCAUCGCAUGGAGGCUCGCCAGGAAGCAUACCGAUCCCGCAAAGGAGUAACUCUGAGUCUGUGCUGCAGCAAAGCAAUCAUUCAUUCACAUCUCAACCCGGCGUUCCUAUCGGCUCCUACACCAAUUUUGAAUCACGCCAUGAUGGCCGACUUGAGCGACAUGAUCAGUUUGGCAUGUCUUACGAAACCCCGUCGCUGGUUCCGGAUCACUAUCUAUCACAGUCGGCACCCACACAUGUAUUACUAGAACAUCAGCAGGCACCCACGCACCCGUAUCAUAUGCAACAACAACAUCAUCCACACAUGCACCAUCUAUCUCCACACGCACUAUCGCAAUCGCAACUGCCGCAAACGCACAUGGUGCGUACAAGUGCAACCCAAAAGCGGAGCUCAUUCUCUGCGCAGCAACCGCCGAAACCCAGGAAGGAUUGGAGAUCCAAGAAUCCACCUGAUCCUAUACUACUGAACGAUCAAAUACAUCAAAUGCUGAAUUCCGUGCCCCCGCCGGCGAAGGUAGACGGACCACCCCCGCCUUCUUUACAUAGAGGAUUUGGAGCGAGCGCACGGCAGUACAAUUUUGAUGGGUCAGCGAAUGUUAGCGAGUUUCGUCUCAAGUGGAGGUGUCGUUGGUGUUUAUGCUCUGGCAAAUAUACUCCGGCAUUGAGGAAAGGGCCACUCGGCGCAAAGACGCUGUGUAAUGCUUGUGGCAUGUGGUACAAUCGUCAUGGGUACCUUCCGAAAGACCGUUACCGUGAGCAUGCCCUUGACGAGCAGAACGCAGCAGCCGGGGCGGCUUCCACCUCGCCCCCGACGACAACGAUGAGUGCCUCGCUGAGCGACAUCAGCAGCUCCAGCCCCCCUGCCGCUCCGCUCACUGUUGACACGUCCACCGAUUUCAAGAGACACUUACACGCCGACUUUAUGAUGACGCACUCUCCGAGUAUCCAGCGCACCCCCGACACCCCAGAUCCGAGCACUAGCUACUCCGCCCCGAUUCAAUCGCGCCAUUUCUCGUUUGCGCACAGCCUUCCUCAUGACAUGGCCAUCAUGGAGCGUGCGAUGAGCCUUCACGAUCAGCAGCAGGCACAGGCCCACUCUUAUCAGCGGCCCGACACCUUCUCCUCUCACUUUCCUGACGAUCAAACUCACCACCGCCUACAAGUUCCCAAACAUGAAUUACACCGUGAAGAAUACUCCACCUCCCAUACAACUCUCUCACCGCAAAUGGAACAGUUCUCGAUGCUCUCUCCCGAGGUCGCCUCAGCUGGCGUGAGUCCGUACGGCAACAACAGUAGCCCUUUCCUAUCUGAAAUGGAAGAUUGGCCGACCUCACCGAAUACGGACGCCGUUAAUUCCCCUUCCAUAUCGUCCUUUGCGACAAACACCACCGCUGUUUGGACCAAUAGGCAAAUGUCUGCGGCGCCUGCGCAGUUUUAUCAUCAUCGCCAACAAAGUCAACAUUCACCGAUGAUGGCAACUAUGCAGAUGCCACCUGUCACCUCGGUCCUACCCGUUCCAGUGCCCAGGCGCCAAGGGAUGUGGUGAGCACCCCGGAUGCCUCGAGUCUUGGACGACGAAAAUCCGACCAGACUAGUGCUCGUCGGGUCCCGAGUCUUUCCCAGUUGUUUACAGUACCCUAUGAUUCAAGGACCAUUUUUGCAUACUCGAUUCUCCCUCCUACCCA